AGCGCAAGCGGCCAAACGGGCAGCAGGGCCCCCGAGGCCAGCGGCUUCCCGGCCUGGGCGCUCCGAAGGAGGAGGAGGUGCGGCCCGGAGCCAUGGUGAUCAUGUCGGAGUUCAGCGCGGCCCCGGCGGGCUCGGGCCAGAGCCAGCAGAAGCCACUCCGGGUGGGUUUUUACGACAUCGAGCGGACCCUGGGUAAAGGCAAUUUCGCAGUGGUGAAGCUGGCGCGGCAUCGAGUCACCAAAACGCAGGUUGCUAUAAAAAUAAUUGAUAAAACACGAUUAGAUUCAAGCAAUUUGGAGAAAAUAUAUCGUGAAGUUCAGCUCAUGAAGCUUCUAAAUCAUCCUCAUAUCAUAAAACUUUACCAGGUUAUGGAAACAAAGGACAUGCUGUACAUCGUCACCGAAUUUGCAAAAAAUGGAGAAAUGUUUGAUCACUUGACUUCCAACGGGCACCUGAGUGAGCAGGAGGCACGGAAGAAGUUCUGGCAGAUUCUGUCGGCCGUGGAAUACUGCCACAACCAUCACAUUGUGCACCGCGACCUCAAGACGGAGAACCUGCUACUGGACGGCAACAUGGAUAUCAAGCUGGCAGACUUUGGAUUUGGGAAUUUCUACAAGUCAGGAGAGCCUCUCUCUACGUGGUGCGGGAGCCCUCCGUAUGCAGCCCCGGAAGUCUUUGAGGGGAAGGAGUACGAAGGCCCCCAGCUGGACAUCUGGAGCCUCGGCGUGGUGCUGUAUGUCCUUGUCUGCGGUUCUCUCCCUUUUGACGGGCCCAACCUGCCGACGCUGCGACAGCGGGUGCUGGAGGGCCGGUUCCGCAUACCCUUCUUCAUGUCUCAGGACUGUGAGAACCUGAUCCGCCGCAUGCUGGUGGUGGACCCUGCCAAGCGCAUCUCCAUCGCACAGAUCCGGCAGCACCGGUGGAUGCGGGCCGACCCUGUCCUGCUGGGGCAGGCCUACCCCACCCUCUCUGCACACAGCUACAACUCCAACCUGGGCGACUAUGAUGAGCAGGUGCUGGGCAUCAUGCAGAGCCUGGGUAUUGACAGGCAGAGGACCGUGGAGUCAUUGCAGAACAGCAGCUACAACCACUUUGCCGCCAUCUAUUACCUCCUUCUGGAGCGGGUCAGGGAGUACCGCAGUGCCCAGUGCGCCCGCCCUGGGCCAGCCCGGCAUCCCAGGCCCCGGAGCUCAGACCUCAGCAGUUUUGAGGUGCCUCAGGAAGGCUUUCCCUCUGACACUUUUCGGUCCACCCUGCUGUGCCCGCAGCCCCAGGCCUUGGCGCAGUCUGUGCUGCAGGCUGAGAUGGACUGCGAGCUCCACAGCUCACUCCAGCCCUUGUUCUUCCCGGUGGAUGCCAACUGCAACGGAGUAUUCCGGCACCGCCCCGUCUCCCCCAGCAGUCUGCUGGACACAGCCAUCAGCGAGGAGGCCAGGCAGGGGCAGGGCCUGGAGGAGGAGCAGGAGGCCCAGCAGCCCCUGCCCAGCAGCACAGGCCGAAGGCACACCCUGGCUGAGGUCUCUGCCCACUUCUCCCCACUCACGCCUCCGUGUAUCAUCGUCUCCCCCUCCGCUGCAGUGAGUCCUGCAGAGGGAACCAGCUCUGACAGCUGUCUGCCCUUCUCUGCAAGCGAGGGACCUACAGGACUUGGCAGUGGCCUGGCCAUGCAGGGGCUGCUGGGUACCUGUUCCCCAGUCAGACUAGCUUCACCAUUCCUGGGCUCGCAAUCUGCCACCCCAGUGCUGCAGGCUCAGGGGGGCCUGGGAGGAGCCGUCCUGCUCCCCGUCAGUUUCCAGGAGGGACGGAGGGCAUCAGACACCUCACUGACACAAGGGCUGAAGGCCUUCCGGCAGCAGCUGAGGAAGACCACACGGACCAAAGGGUUUCUGGGGCUGAACAAAAUCAAGGGGCUAGCUCGCCAGGUGUGUCAGCCCCCCUCUAGUCGGGCUUCUAGGGGCGGCCUGAGCCCCUUCCAUGCCCCCGCACAGAGCCCAGGCCCACACAGCAGUGCCAGCAGCCGAGAGAGCCGGAGCCUGCUAGAAGAGGUGCUGCAGCAGCAGAGGCUGCUCCAGUUACAGCACCACUCACCCAGCUGCCAGCAGAGCCCCCAGCCAGCCCUGGCCCCCUAUGUGCUCACCCCCUGCAAUGACUCCGGGGCCACCCCGCUCCCCAGAGCCCUCCUUGUAUCAGGGCUCCCGCUGCUGCCAUGCCCUCUCCUCCAGGCUGGUGUCUCCCCUGUGUCCUCGGCGGCUCGGCUCCUGGAUGCCCACCUGCACAUUGGCACCGGCCCUGCAACCCUGCCCUCUUUGUCCCCGCCGCGGCUGGCCAUGCUGGCCCCAAGCUGUGACCCUCCCGGGCUGCCACAGGGGGACUGUGAGAUGGAGGACCUGACCUCGUGUGCACUGGGGACGUUCGUCCUGGUGCAGUGA